AUGUUAAGAAUUAUUAAUUUUCGUCCAUAUUUGUUGAAUACAUUCGCUAGAAAAACAUGUCAAUUAACUGUAUUAUAUCGUCCAUUAUCAGCAGAAACAUUACCAAGACGUCAUGAUAUGGAUGAAUAUAAUCAUCGUAUUGAUAUAGCUGCACCACAUUAUGAACUUCUUGAGGUACUCAAUCAUCGUUCAUCACAAUUACAAUCUUUUAUUAAAACUAAUCGUUCAUCUCGAACAUCUUCUCCAUCAUCAGAUCGAUCAACAACGAAAACUAAUAUUCGAUAUCGAACUAAUACUAAACGAAAAAAUCAAAAUAAUGUUAAUAUUGAAUUAAAUCCAGUUAAAGAAAAAGAACAACCUAUUGAAUUAGCUCGACCAAAACCUAGUAAAACAAAAGAAAAAAAGAAGAAAGAAAAAACAACUAGUCCUUCUUCUUUACCAAUUCCACCAAAUCGAAUAAAUGAAUUAAGUAAAAAACUUAUUCGUACAACAUCUAUUGAUGAAAAUCAAUCAAUAACAACAAUAUCUCCUAAUUUAUAUGAUGAAACUCUAAUAGCUGAAGAAGAACAAGAAGAUUUAGAAUUAAAUGAAACAUUACUUCCACCAUCAUCUGUAGAAGAAAUAACUUUAAAUGAUAAUCAUGAUGAUAAAACAUUAACUGAUUUAUUAAGUAGUUUACAUUCUACUAAAGUUCGUCGUUUACAUAAAUAUACAGAUGAAGAAAUUAAAUUUAUGCAUAUACAUAAUGAAUUUAAUCGUAUGUUACAAGCUUAUGUAGAUGUAUUAAUAUUUAAUGGAAAAUUAAAUCAAGCUCGUCGAUUACUUAAUGAAUUAUUAGUUGAUCAAGAAAGAAGACAAUCAAUGAAAAAACUUACAUGGCGUUAUGUAACGAAUAUACAUGUUUUUAAUACAUUCUAUUUUGCUUAUGCAGAUAAGGGUAAUCUUAAAGCAUUACAAGAUUUAUUUGAAAAAAUGCGUAAAUAUCAUAUAAAACCAACACUUGAAUCUUAUGCAGCAGGUUUAAGUUGUCUUGGUAAUAUGGAUUUAUUUGAUUCAAGUAUUGCUCGAAGAAUUAUAAUUGAUCUUGAAAAAGAAGGUUUUCGUGUUGUGGAUAUAUUUAAUCUUGAUUGUUUAAAUCAUGAACAUAUACAAAGAAUUUUAAAAGUUUUAAAAACUUUUCGACCAAAUUUUGAUAUACCAAUUCGUUCAUCAAAUGUGAAUAAUAAACUUUUAAAUAAUAUUUAUCAACAACCAUCUCUAACAAUCGUAAAUCAACCGAUACAAACUGAUCUAUGGUGGAAAGAUAUUGAUUUUAAGAAGAAAUUAAAUGAUCAAUUAAAUAUGGAAAUAGAUCAUACAGUUAAAAUAAAAUCAAUUAAUGCAAUGAAAAAAAUCGAUGAAAAAUUGUCAACUAGAUAUCAAGAUUUUAUAUCAAGUCUUGAACAACAAUUAACAAUAGGAUUUUUAACUGAACUUGAAUUAUUAAAAAGAAAAUCAAAGAAAAAUCUUGAAAUAAAUAUAAUUCCAUUUCUCGAAAUAUUUGAUGUUAAAGAAUAUGUUGGUUUAAUGAUAACAGAAGUACAACGACAUUGUUAUGCAUCAGAAUUUCAUUCAUCACCAUUUGUAACACUUUGUAUAUCACUUGGUAGACAUUUAUAUCAAAAAUAUUUAUGUCUAAUUCGACAAAAAAAUGGUUUCAUUGAUAAAUUACAUCUUUUAUAUGAUGAAUAUACAAAACAUAUUAUUACAAAUGAACGAUUUAUUAUUAAUGAAAGACAAAAAUGGAAUGAAAUAACUAAAGAAAAAUUUGCUUAUAUGGAUCGUAAUGAUCGACGAUGGACAUUUACACAAGUAUUACAACUUGGAGAAUUUCUCUAUAAUGUUAUGUUGAAACAUAUGAAACUUCGUGUACCAUUACUUACUAAAAAAGAUCAAACAAAAAAAACAUCAAAUAAUUCAGUUUUGUACGUUGUCUAUCGAAGUUCUGGUAAAUCUACUGAAAAACAAAUCAAAGUUCAUCCAACUGUUUUACAUUUUUUUUCACAUAUUCCUGAGGCUAAUCUUGAUUUUAGUUGUAUUGAAUUACCUUGUCUUGUUCCUCCACUUCCAUGGUUAUCAUCAACAAUGGGUGGUUAUUUAUUAACACAAACUGAAUUUGUUCGAUCACCUAUAUCAGCUGGACAACAAGAUGCUCGUCUUCGAUCUUUAUCUAUUGAAAAAAUCGGUGGUUUACUUGAUUCAAUAAAUGUUUUAAAUAGUUGUGCAUGGAAAAUUAAUGGUGAUGUACUUGAUCUUUUAAUGGAUAUUUUUCAACAUGGUGGAAAUCGUCAUUUAUCUGUACCGGUUUCUGUUGAAAAUGCUAAACUACCUGAACCACUUCCACUUGACAAAGGUUUAUCAAUAGAUGAACAAAAACGAAGAGAAAUUGCUUUAUCUCAAACAAAAAAAAUGAAAGCUGAACUUUUUUCAUUAUGGUGUUAUGAACUUUAUCGUUUAUCAAUUGCUAAUCAUUUUCGUAAUGAAGUCUUUUGGUUUCCACAUAAUCUUGAUUUUCGUGGUCGUGUUUAUCCUGUUCCUCCACAUUUCAAUCAUUUAGGCAGUGAUAUUGCACGUAGUAUUAUUCUAUUUGCUGAAGGCAAACCAUUAGGUCCAAAUGGUCUUCAACAAUUAAAAAUUCAUCUAGUUAAUUUAACAGACUUAAAGAAAAAAGCAUCGAUUGAUGAACGAGCAAAGUAUGCUGAUGAUAUCAUGGAUGAUAUACUUGAUUCAGCUGAUAGACCAUUAAAUGGUCGUCAAUGGUGGACAAAAUCUGAAGAACCAUGGCAAACACUUGCUUGUUGUAUGGAAAUAGCUCGUGCAAUACGUUCACCAGAUCAUACAAAAUAUGUUUCACAUUUUCCUGUUCAUCAGGAUGGUUCAUGUAAUGUUUUACAACAUUAUGCAGCUAUGGGUCUUGAUGAUAUUGGUGCAGCAUCAGUAAAUCUUAAACCUAAUGAUUUACCACAAGAUGUUUAUAGUGUUGUUGUCGAUCAAGUUGAACAAGAACGUAAACAAGAUGCUUCAAAUGGUUUACAAAUAGCUAAAAUUCUUGAAGGUUUUAUUAAACGUAAAGUUAUUAAACAAACAAUAAUGACAACAAAUUAUGGUGUUACAUUAUAUGGUGCUAGACAACAAAUAAGUCGACAAUUACGUGAUAUUGAUGAAUUUCCACGAGAAUAUAUUUUAGAAGCAAGUACUUAUUUAGCACAAAAAACAUUUAUUAGUUUACGAGAAUUAUUUCAAGAAACAAGAAAAAUUCAAGAUUGGUUUACUGAUUGUGCUAGAUUAAUUUCACGUGUACGUGAUUCAGCUGUCGAAUGGAAUACACCAUUAAAUUUACCAGUUGUACAACCAUAUUAUAGAGAAAUUCGAAUGAAACAAAAAGGCAAAGAUAUUUAUGAUAAUUUUAGUAGUUUCGCUCGUCCAAAUAAUAUCAAACAAAAGAAUGCAUUUCCACCAAAUUAUGUUCAUUCUCUUGAUUCAACACAUAUGAUGAUGACAGCAUUACAAUGUGCACGUAAUGGUAUUACAUUUGUAUCAGUUCAUGAUUCAUUUUGGACACAUGCAUGUGAUGUUGAUCGACUUGGUCAAUAUUGUCGAGAACAAUUUGUUUCGUUACAUAAAGAACCAUUACUUGAAAUACUUUCACGAGAUCUACUUUCGAAAUAUGAAUUUAAAUCUAGUGAAUAUGCCCGUGCUGAUGAUAAACAAAAACAAACAAUGAAACUAUUUAAUGAUACACUUCAACGUGUACCUGAACGUGGUACAUUUCAAUUAGAAAGUGUACUUAAUUCGAGAUAUUUUUUCAGUUAA